UGCCCCCAUGCCAGCGGGGGGCUGGAGGCGGCAGGUUGGGGUUCUGGCCCCCACCCCUCGCGCGCUCUGUUCUGCUCUCCCGGCGCUGCCUCUCAACCCUCUCUGCAAACCCAUUUCCUGUCGCUUCCGUUCCUCUAGUGGCGCCCAAAGCAGGUCGCCCGGGGAAGGACCCAGGCCUCCGCAGCUGUAUCUGCCAGCCUGGUGCUUCCCUUACCCGGCGGGGCGCGGUGCCUGGCUGGGCUCUGGAUGGAAGCUGGCUGCCGCAAGGGGCGCCAUGUUCUGGAAGUUCGACCUGCACUCCAGCUCGCACAUCGAGACGCUGCUGGAGCGUGCCGACCUGACGCUGCGGGAGCUGCUGGACGAGGACGAUGUGCUGCAGGAGUGCAAGGUGGUGAACCGCCGGUUGCUGGACUUCCUGGUGCAGCCACAGCACAUGGAGGCGCUGGUGACCUGCGUGACCGAGGAGCCCCCCGCCGAGCUGGAUGAGCGGCUGCGCUACAAGUACCCCAGUGUGUCGUGCGAGAUCCUGACAUCGGACGUGAGCCCCAUCACAGACGCGCUGGGCGAGGACGAGGGCCUGCUGCGGCGUCUCUACGGCUUCCUGCAGGUCCACGGCGUCCUCAACCCGCUGCUGGCCAGCUUCUUCAGCAAGGUCAUGGGUACCCUCAUCAACCGCAAGACAGACCAGAUUGUGGCCUUCCUGCGCAAGAAGGACGAUUUCGUCAGCCUGCUGCUGCGGCACAUCGGCACCUCGGCCAUCAUGGACCUGCUGCUGCGCCUGCUGACCUGCGUGGAGCAGCCCGUGCUCCGCCAGGACGUCUUCAACUGGCUGAACGAGGAGAAGAUCGUGCAGAGGCUGAUCGAGAUGAUUCACCCUUCGAAAGAUGACAAUCAACAUUCCAACGCCUCCCAGUCCCUGUGUGACAUCAUCCGACUGAGCCGGGAGCAGAUGAUGCAGAUCCAGGACAGCCCCGAACCCGACCAGCUGCUGGCCACGCUGGAGAAGCAGGAGACGGUGGAGCAGUUGCUGGGGAACAUGCUGGCGGACGAGCGGGACGAGUCCGUCAUUGUCAGCGGGAUCCAGGUGCUGCUGACGCUGCUGGAGCCGCGGCGAGCCAGGUCUGAGGCCGGGGGGAUGGGCAGCUUUUACUGCCCCCUGGAAGGGCAGCUGGAGCUGGGGCCUCUGGGCUCGGAUGGCAACGCCUGCCAGGCCAGCCCCAGCACCCUGCUGGCCCUCAGAGGUUACCUCCGGGACUUCCACCAGCUGCUGAUCGACCCCCCGAAGCGGCCGGCCCUGCAGAUGUCGUGGGGGCUGCUGGACCCGCCGCUGGGGAACACGCGGCUGCAGGUGGUGAAGCUUCUGGGCGGCGCGCUGGGGGCCGGGGACGCCGGGCUGCAGGAGGAGCUGCUGGCCUUGGGUGCCCUCGACACCAUGCUGGACCUGUAUUUCAAAUAUACCUACAACAAUUUCCUGCACGCCCAGCUGGAGGCGUGUCUGAGCACCCUGCUGCAGGCCAGUGCCCCCCCUGAGGACUCGCAGCCCCCAUCAGACAGCCCCGUCGUCAAGCAUCUGCUGCAGAAAUGCCACUUGGUGCAACGAAUCCUGUCGGCCUGGGAGGAGAACGAGCAGACCCAGGCAGCUGGCGGCCGGCGGAGGGGGUACAUGGGCCACCUGACGCGCAUCGCCAAUGCCCUCGUCCAGAGCUCUGAGAAGGGUCCUCACGUCGCCCUGGUGGGGCAGCUGCUGAAAGAGCUGCCGGAGGAGGAGCAGGAGCGGUGGGAGAAAUUCGUCUCGGGGCCCCUGGCAGAGACCAACAAGAAAAACGUGGUGGAUCUGGUGAACAUGCACAAUCUGCACUUGUCCAGCGACGACGAGGAGAAUGACCUGAAGGAGUUCAACUUCCCCCAGGAGGCCGUGCUGCAGCAGGCCUUCGUGGAUUACCAGAUGCAGCAGGUGACCUCUGCCUUUAUCGACCACUUUGGCUUCAACGACGAGGAAUUCGGGGAGCAGGAGGAGAGUGUCAAUGCCCACUUCCGCCAGCUCAAGAGCGCCCCCUUCGACAGGACGGGCAGCCUGAGCUUCUCCCUGAGUGCUGAUGACGACAGUCCCAACUCCAACCUGUUCGAAGUCUGCUACAAGGAACGGAUCCAGCAGUUCGACGACGACUCAGACGGGGAGGACACCUGGCAGGAGAAGGACCUGGCCUACUCUGGGGGGCAGCCGCAGCCCACAGGGCCCAGGAGCUGCGGCAGCACAGACAGCGAGGGGAGCCGGGACUCGGAGGAGGAGGAGGGCGAGGAGGAAGACGCUGGCGGGGGCGUGGAGGGAGAAGGAGGUGGCGGCGAGGCUGAGGGUGCCAGCCCUGACCCACUGCCUGCAGAGCCCCCCGCUCUGCCCCCCAACAGCUCCAGGGUGGACACCGGGGUGGCUGUGUGGGACAGGCCCGGCUUGGACGCCUCCCACCCCCCCACAGAAGGGAGCUGGGCCCUGUUUACAGACACCCCCUCAGCGCAAACCAGCCUGUCAGAGGCCCCGUCAAGCUCUGUCCGGGGACCCCACCCUCAGGAACCAACACGCAGCAAUGUAUCUUCAGUGGGAGCAGCCCCCCCGGAGGUCCCCCGAGCGGGAUCGCCCUGCGAGAGCAGCGACCCGGUGCUGAAUGGCCAAUCAGCUCGCCCGCCCGGCCCCGCCACAGCCAGGCCAAACACGGAAGGGGCCCCCCUAUCUACCUCUGAUGUCAACCAGCGGCUCCUGGGGGCCGCAGACACCCUGAAGGCGGAGAAUGGCUCCCCCCAGAGGCAGCAGCAGCCAGCAGCCAGAUAAAGCUCAUGGAGGGCACUUGGGGAAGCUGCUGAUUGUGGGGGGCUGGAGGGAGCCCACCCUCCUGGAGCCCGGCCCACACAAGGAGAGCCCUUUCCUGUGGGGGGGGGCAGCAUAGGAUGGGGGGGCACUGUCCCCUUCAUCACAGGACGCUCAUGGCGAGAUGGCUGAGCCCCCCCCCAGGGAAGCUGCUGUAAGCCCCUCGGCACGCCCCCCCCCCCAUUUUUGCACUGAAAUCUGCGGCAGGGCGACAGAAUUAAAAGCAAAUUGUUCGGAGAAGUGACUCUGGAAAGCACUAACCCUGCCCCCCACUUCUCAGGCCGGCCCCCCACUGUGCUUCCAACCCCCCUCGGUUAGCCCCUCCACAGCCCACCUCUGCUCCCCUGGGGGGGCCCAGCACGGGAACGGAAGCCCCUCUCCACACAGAUUAGAUUUUAACCCCCAUCCCCACUUCCAGCAUAAGCACAACCCCAAUCCAACCCCCCACCUUUCUGUGUCAGGUCCAGGGCCUCAGCCAGGAGUGGGGUUCUGCCCCCGAGAGCCCAGCUCACUGGGGGACAGGGGGAAGAAAUGCUGGAGGGAGUGGGGAGGGCAAGGGGUGGAGGGUAGACAUGGGUGGGUGGGACUAGGAGCUGUUGGGGGUGUGGUCAGGGAGUGUUGGGGGUGGGGUUGGGCAUGGAUAGGUGGGGCUGAGCAGGGGGGGUUAGAGGCUGCUGGGGGAGGGGCACUACAAGGGCGGGCUGGAGCUCAGGGCUGUGGGACAGGUCUGUGUCCUUCCGUCCCCCCCCCCCCCCGGCUGGUUCUACGAUCCUUUUAACCUCAUGUUUUCCGCUCCCCCUUGUUAUUUAUUUCCCUGGCCUGGAGGGCUGGAGCUGCCCCAUUUCCCUGGAGCAGAGGUGUUGGGGGGCAGAGAUGGGUCAUGCCCCAGGGAACAGCACCAGGCAGUCAGAGGUGGAGGAAGGAACAGGUAGUUCCCCCACUCCCAGGAUACUUUUCAAGUGGGGGAGGGGUUUCGAACAGCCCACAAUGCACCUGCCCCCUCCCCCCGACUCAGUGGCCUCCCCUCCUCGAUCCUACUGCUCACACCAGCGCCGGCUCAGACUACAGCCCAUCUGCAGGGCCCUUUGUCCCCCUCCACCCUUCCCCACAAUCGGGGGGAUGCUCAGUCCUGGGGGGCAGGGGUAUCUGCAUACAGAGGGGCAGCUCCCUCCCUCUUGGCAGGGGCCUCAGGUCCCUCAGCCUCCCCAAAACCCAUCCUGUAGCAGAUCUGGUGGGGGGGGAGGGUGGUAUGGUACGGGGGGGGGGUCUCUUUCCCUCUGCACCCCAAGGGAUUCGGGGCCCUUCAGGAGUGGAGGAAGGUUUAUGGGAACCUAGGAAGUUCCCUGUCCCCAUAGCGGUUUGGGGCAUUAGGGGCUCAGACUGUAGGGCAUAGGGGGCUAGGGGUCCCCCACCAAUCAGCUGCCCCCCAUCCUCCCUCCACAUUGAUCUUCCCGGCCUCUCCAGAGAGGUUCUGUAUUGCACUAGUUUUAGGGGGGAUCCGAGGUGCUUGGGGGGGUGAGGCUGGAAGGGGGUGUGGGGUCUGAUCCCCUCCCCUUGCAAAAGAGACUUUAAAACAACCCCCUUCCCCGCAUGGCCCCUGGCUGGGGGGAGAUGGGGCCAGAUGCCGGGUUACAUGGCCCCACGAUGCACCUUUCUCCUUUUUAAAAGCACUGAAUUCCCCCCCCCCCCCAAGUCAGCAGUAGCCAACCGUGAUGUCCUGGUAGCCAUCCCCUCCCUCCUUCCCCUGGCUAUCACUUUAGUGGCAAUAUUUAAAAGCUCUUAAACAGGAACCAAAUCAAGUGGCCUUUUGGGGGUUGCUCCGGGGCCUGCCCGGCUGGCGACCAUCCCCCCUGUGUCGUGGGUCCCCGGCUCGUCUCUUUUGUUAUUCUGGAUGAAAAUAAAAAACAAUGGUUAAAGCCUGA